GUGAAAGCCUGACUUGAAAACUGAAUUUCUAUUUGAGCUGGCUCACCUAAUUUUAUUUUACUUUUAUGAUCCAUGUAUGAAGUAAAAAAAGCAAUAACUUGUGUGACAGAAAAAAUGCUUUGCUUAUCAUGCACACUUAGUCUUAUCAAAUGAAGUUUGCAUUUGGAAAACCAGGAAAAUUAAUGAGAAGUGUCCAACAUGAGUGACCAUCCAAAAUGGGUCGGGUGACAUUAUAAGAGCAACCGUUUAAAAACUCUUCACUAAGUGUGUGUGUAAACUGUAUCACUUCUUUAUAAGAUAGUAAUCGAAGUAAUGCUGACAACCAGCACCAGAUCCACAAAAUGAAAUGCAUACAGUAAUAAAGAAUUCUUUGGACAAGUUUGAAAAAUAAACAAACCCAACUUUAAUUAAGGGUUUGAUUUUUUAAAAAUUUGUAUAUUACGUUUUGAGAAUUCAGUCAGGAGAGAUAAUAAUCAAUGUAGUGCUGACAACCAGCACCAGAUCUACUGAAUGAAAUACAUACAUUGAUAAAAUAUCCUUAGGACAAAUUUGAGAUAUAGGAAACUUGACUUUUAAAGAGAGGAGAAGGGUUCUAAAAAAGUGAACAUUAUAUCUUAAUUGAGCAUUUAGCCAGGGGGUGUUCGGCUGAACCCCUCUAAAUCAGCCACUUACAUUUUGCUAUGUAGAACCAUUGUAAGUACCGCCAAGGAGUUAUGUUAUAACUCCUUGGUACUGCCCAUGAUAAUUGUGGUUGACCCAUUUGAACUUGAUUACAUAGAAUAAUGCAAAUCCUGUACUUAAGUGAAAAAAAAAUGGAUGGUUUGUGCCAAACAGUAUUUUUUGUACUGAAACUGGUUGUGUAUGGCAAUUUUUUAAAAAUGCUUAGGAAUCAAUAUUAUAUUCAACAGCUUUGUUCACUGAAAUACUUGUGCAGCAAUGUUCACUAAAAUACUUGUGUAGAUUAUGAGUAACUUUAUUCAAGAAAAUAUCAAUUUUUUUCCAUGGAUGUUUCUUAUGCAGUCUGAAAUGGCAACAGAACCUUUAUUUUUCAAAGAGACUUGUAUCACUUUCUCUUGACAAUCUGCUGCCUUUGCAUGCCCACAUUUCAUUAUGUUCUGCCAUUUUUCUGUUAUAUAAAGACCAUGUAGCUUGAAAUAUGUGCAUUUGCAUUAUCAUCCUUGUCAAGAUGAUUACAUUCAGAUACCCAUUAAGAGACACAUUAUCUCUUUGAGUUGUAAUCUAAUGAAAAGGUAAAAGCCCUGUGGAGCCAAUGGCAAUAUAACAGUCUUGGAAAAUUGCAAGUGUUAGGAGUCAUGGGCUUUUUCAGCAAUCCCUGCUUUUUGUUUUGUGCCAAAUUAAACUGAAUUAAAAAUUUCCAGAUCAUCUGAUGGAAAGACAAGCAGUCGUUGGCCACUAGGAUGAGGCAGUUGAGAGACUGAGGGCAUCAGGUGUUGUGUAAACCAUAAUAUAUAUAUAUCCAUGGAUUCCUCUGGACCCAGCUACAACUAUUCUGAUGAAAUACCACUGCAGUAUAAAGGCUACAGAGCCAGGGGAUGAGCAGUCAUAUUCUCAAAAUGGUGACCAAAAUGCAGAAUCAGAAAUGAAAUCAGUGGAGCUUACAGUAGAACAGGAAAAAGUUGAAGUGUUACAUCCAGCUGAGACACAGGGUCCACUAGUUACAGCAGGUGAAACACAGGUUCAAUCAAAGACUAGAGUGAAAGGAGUUCUCUCCAGUGAUACCUGUCCUGCCAUCUUGAAGGAUUCACAGCUCGGCUAUCCAGACUAUCCUUCUGAUCGUGACAAAGAACAAAGAGGAAACAUGGCAGGUCCCUCUACUGCCAGUGAUGUUGACAACAAUCUGACAGAACAAGAUGAAGUGGGGUGGUCAAAGCAGAUGACUGACACUGUGACUGGGCCUGACAUAGAAAGACCUGUGGAAGAGAAAGUGGUGGAAGAGCUGGCAUUGCUCAAGAAUUUAAGACGGGCACCAGUUUCUCCAAAGAUAAUUAAGCAUAAGGGAAGAGUUGGAAGGCUUCACAAAUUAGAAAGGAAACAUAGCAGUGGAGAUUUACAGAGUCGCCUGAAGACAAGAAAGCUGCUAGGAGUAGGGGAAACUGAUGAUGGAGAUGUCCACAGAUCAAAGCUUAGCCAAAUUCUUGGCCACAGUGAACAGUUGUACACAAAGUUACCCAAAGGACUACGGUUAUGGCAGUAUAUUACAGGAGUUUGGUUCUUUUUGAUAGCAGUUUGGGCAUUAUGUUUCCCAGCUCAUUUCUUUGGGAUCACAUUUGAUCAAGAGAACAGCAAUCACUUAACUGUACCACUGAGGCUAUAUGGGGCAGCUCUUCUUAGCUUUGCCCUUCUGUUUUGGAGUACUUGGGUAUCUGUGGAUAAAAAUGUAAUCAAAUGGUCUGUGGUGUCAAGCACAGUGUACUUCUCUAUCCAUGCUGUGGUUAGCCUUGGAACAUUAUUAGUGAAUGGAGGUGUGUCCAGGUAUUCUGCCUUGUUGUUGUUGUGUCGCAUGGGUUUCAUUGGAGUAAGCAUCUACUACUACCUGGCACUGGACAGUAAAUUGAUUCACUUACAACGAAUGUGGGGAUGUGUAAAUCAGACUGGCGAAUCGUCCUCUGCCGCCACCCCUAGCCCCAAUGGAGAAGGGGGCACCUGGAAAAAGGAAAACUGAUACUGAAGAAUUGAAAUGUUUGCCUUUGUUAUCCUACAUUCUCCUCUUGGCAUUUACUUCUUGCAUUCUGGAGUAAUUAGUAUUGAUUACAAAUACAAGCCACUUGCCAAUGUGUUUUUGUUAAAACUGUGGGGUUUGGAGGGCACAUAUAUAAGUAGCUUGCCAUUUCGUAUGUGUAAGAGCCAAGGGGAUUGCAAGGCACCCCAUAUAUAUAUAGACAUUAGCCCACUUAGUCUCUUAAUAAGGCAAAACCCUCCAGCAGAAGCAGAGAAUUGGCAUAAUGCCAACAAAGAGUAAACAGAAUAAUGCUCUCAGUUGUUACCAUUUCUCCAGUUGUAUUUCUCUUUGAUGGCAGGAAAAGUUACCAGUUAGGUACAUUUAUAUCUGACCUGUUCAACAAAAAGGUAAAAACAGUCAAUGGUAAUUUAACUUCUUAUUGCUGCAGUUCACUGGCUUGUCUGAAGUGUUGUGAAUUAAUUGUCACAAAAAGUUCAGAAGUAAUGUCUGCUAUUUUCACUGUAGGACAUUCAUGUAUCAGCAUGGUGCAUAACUUACAACUGACAGAGAGGAAACCGGCUCUGAAAGGAUGCACGUUUACAUAAGCAGUGAAAAACUGCUGCAUUUGAACAGAUGGAAAGUUUUGUGCAAAAAUCCACUACAUUCAGAAGUGGCGUUCCAAAGAUGUUCAGUUUAUUGUUUCCCAUCAGGGUGGAUGUUUGUUGUCAUUUGUUUUCUUGUCAACAUGGCUUACUUGUUUAUUAUCUCAUAUCUUCCCCUAACCAUGUGCGUCAGCUGUUCUUUUAUUGGAAUCAAUAAACUGUAUUUUAAGGACCAAUUUUCAUUUUUGAUGUAAAAGUUACAAAGAUGCUUUAGUAACAAAAUAAGUGGGCAGUGUUGUAAAGAAAUCACAUGAAGAGUAGUAUUUGGUAAAAUCAUGUAGUACAAAGGUGGCCUUACUACUAAUUAAAAUGAGUUGUUUACCUGGGGUAUGGGGGGGGGGGGAGACAUGCCUGUUGUAUUAUGUUAUCAGUUUUAAUUUAAAUGAGAUAUAUAAUUGUACAUUUUAAUAUGAAAUGUAGUGUUUGUAAACAUAUUGGUCUAGUAUAUAAUUUAUCAGAUGUAAUAUAUAGUGCAAUAUUUCCAGGGUGUGGCAGGUACUCCUAGCACUAUCUUAUUUCCAGUGUUUUCCAAACAUCAAAAACUAAAAGUGCUAAAAGUGUGUCCUCUUAUACUGAUGCUGUAUGUCAGUCAUAUGUUUUGAAAAAAAAAAAAAACACAGUAAAUAACGACACUUUUCAUGUAAUCAAAUGGAGACAAAUAAUUUGACUAACAAUGACUUUUUGAUAAAUACCUUGUUACCCUUAGCAAAGAAAAAUUUGCCAGUAAAUAAAUAUCAGUUAGUUAAAACAAUAGGUCUUUGCUAUAAUAUUACCGUACCAUUUCAUAAUCUCAAAUGAUGCACUAUUUGCAGACUAGUGUAUUCCUCUAGGUAUAUCUGUCACACAGUUUUAACUGGGAAUAAUUUCAUAGGUACUGAAGCUUGCAUAUAGUAAACCUUAAUGUGCAAUUAAUGUACAAUGGCAAAAUGAGUGUAACAGCAUUAAACAUAUUAUGAAAAUUCUGUUUUCUUUUUUAUGUUUAUAAGAUUCAAGAUCUAGAAUUCUAGCAUGAAGAAAAAUCAGAUAUGUCAAAAGUGGCAUGUUUGUUUUAUUUUUGUCUCUGAAGAUUUUAUAUUAAGGAUACAAAGGGGGUCUAUUUUUAUUAUUUCUAUGUAAAAGAAACUCUAGUUGAGCAGAAUGCAAGGGAAUACAACAUCCAUUUGCCAAAUAGAAUCAUGUAUCACCUCCCACAUUAAUUAGAUUAUCUUUGGUUUCUUUUAUGUUUUUCAGUGUUGCCAGAUAUUCCCUUUCUCAAAGUCAACAGACUUCCAUCACCUUAACAGAAAUUCUUUGAGAAAAAUAAAAUCUUACGUUUACAGUAAAAAUAAUAUUUAAAUAUGAUUAUUUCAAAUCUUUUGGUGCUUCAUGAAUAAAAUUACUGCCUUUCCUCAGUCCUCCUGUCUUAAUUGAAGUAAGAGACCCAAUUCAUGUCAAUCGUUAUUCACCUAAAACUGUGUUACAUUAUUUAUUGAUUUUGUAUGCAGUGUAAAACAUACUUCUUAAUUAAAAAGUUCAUAUUUGUAGCCAAUUUAUUGACACUGUAGUAUAAUGUCAUGUCCUACUUUUCUUCUAAAAACAAAAUUAGUGCUGCUCCCUUCUCAUUAUAUCCUGGAUUACGU